GGCUGGCCUGGAGGGGGAGGGCUGGCUGGGGAGGUCUGAGCUCCCAGCAGGAUCAGCAAAGGCUCAGCAGUGUCUUAGGUUUAAUCCUGCCCCCACCCCUGCCUCUGUCAGUCUGCCCCUCCUACUUCACCCCUGCCCUUCCCUUCACCCAACCCCCAGCCUGGCCGCUCCUGCAGCUGAAUGGACUUCUCCCUCGGCCUACGCUUGGGCCCUCGCAACAAGAAGGCCACCCACCAACAGCCCCCUACACCCUCUGGGCACGCCGCACCAGCUGCCGCCCCUUGUCUGUCCUGUCCCCCCUCCGCCUGUUUUUGCCCCUGCCCUAGCUGUCCUCCUCCCACCUGCUCCUGCACUGCCUAUCCCUCCCAUGCAGCUACCUGCCCCUCCUGCCCCGGUCUUCCUGGCCCACCCUGUACCUGCUCCUGCCCCCCCUGCCCUGCCUGUCCUCCCCUGACUUGUCCCCACAGCUCCUGUGUCUUGUGCGCUGGUCCGCACGUGACCUGCUGCCACCCCUCACCUUGCCCAAUUUACCCUUGCUCCAGAGGCCGAGCUGCCUGUCCCAGCUCCUGCCUGGGCUGCAGUGACAGCUGUGGCUGUGGCCCAGGGGCUCCUCCAGGCUCCACUGGCCGCUGCAGCCGCUGCUUCCGGGGACAACGCACCUCUCAGAGGCACUGUCUCAUAGUCUAGCUGGACUGCUGCCCCGCUGAGAGGUUGUCGGUCUGGUCUCCCGGAGCACUUCUGCCAGCUGCUUCCUCUGGGGGGAGGCAGAAGCUCUGGAGUGAGGAGAGGCAUCAGCUAAACCCCUCACCCAGAAGACUGCUCAGAGCCCCCGCGCAUCCCCCAUAGUCCCUGAGAGCGGGGCAUCUGCUUUGAUGUUAGUUUCUGGGCCUGCUCCCGCUGGUUCCAGAACCUCCUCUUCUGCAACUUCUGAAAUGGAAAGCAUGCUUCUCAGAGCCUCCCUCAAGGCCUCGGAAGGUGAGGAAGUUGGCCAUUUUCUUCCUGUAGUCAGCCUCUGCUGGACAUCCUUCUUGGCUCAUCUUCUCUGCAGUUCUCAUGGAUAAGGAACCUGGAGUUCUCUGCCUGGAUGUCUUGUCUUUCAAAUCUCUGAGUGCUCGCACAGUGUCAUGACCUCAAUCUUCCAGCAAUAAUCCCCUCUGUUACAUCCAUGCUCAUCUGGCAUGGGGAUAAGGGAAGCUGGGAAGUCUGGUCUCAGUGAUCCCAUCCAUAUAGCUAAGUCAAAAUACCCUGUCCCUGUGGAUAGGACCUGAGUUUGGAGAAGCCACCAAGAGGAAGCUGGAAGUAAGAGCCCCAGGUAUCUGCUCAGGGCUGGACCCUAAGCUAAAAGCCCCUAAGCAUCCCUCCGCACUCAAGUCCUCUGACAUCAGUCUGUUUCAAUGUUCUCUUUCUCGGCCUCCUUCUCUGGGACUCUUUUGAGCUUUCCUUUCUAUCUGUUUAUCUUUCUGUGUACCCUUCCUUCUGUCUUUCUACAUCACUCUCUCCAUUUCUAUUUCCUUCUUUCUGUCAUUGGGAGGUUCUGCCUUCACUUAACUUUGCCUCUACAUCAGCCUUCCUCAUUUUCUAUCCUAUUUCUCCCUCCUUCUAUUUCCCCAUCUAAUGUAAAGUCUAUUUAACAUAUAUGUCUUUUUCUUUCCCCCUUCCCUGUCUCAGUUUGUGUCUUCACCUCUAUUUUCUUCCUUGGUCUUUCGAUCCACCUUAUCUCUCUCUUUUUCUAAGCAAGCUCUACGCCCAACAUGGGGCUCGAACUCAGGACCCGGAGAUCAAGAGUCACACGCUCCACUGACAGAGCCAGCCAAACUCCCCUCUCUCUGCUUUUCUAUCCUGUUCUGCUUCUGGUGCAUUUCAUUCUCAAUCUCUUCCAUUUCUAUUUCCCUUUCUGUGCUUGCCUCCCUUCCAAUCUUCUGGGUCUAGCUGUGUAUUCAUUUCCUAUCUCUUUCUGCCUCCCCAAAUCUGGCUUUCUCUCUCUCUCCCUGGGUCCUGCAGCUGCCUCUACACCAUGCCUGUGUCACGCCCAUCUCAUUACUGCACAAGGUCCAGGACACUGAGUCCUCUGAUGUCUGUCUGUCUCACACACACCCCAUGCCCUGGAGUGAGCAGAGCUGGACACAGCUACCAGAAUUGUCCUUCCUUUCCCCACCAUCUAGGCCAUCCAUCUCAACUCAGCUCCAAGCCCAAACUUUUUAAAAAUGAUGUUUCUUCCAAUUUCUUAUUCUGAAAAUUGGCAAUUAAAAAGAAAAAGAAUUGGGGUGCUUGGCUGGCUCAGUUGGUGGAGUGUGUGACUCUUGAUCUUGGGGUUGUAGGCUCAAGCCCCAUGUUGGGUAUACAGAUUAUGUAAAAAUAAAAUCUUUGGGAAAAAAAAACCAAUUAGGUAUUUAUGCUGCCUGUGCUGUAUAAACUAUAUUUCAGGGUAGCCAAAUAGCUCUUAAGAAGAAUUCCAGCUAAUGUGGAAGGAAUACGGAAUUGGAAAAAUCAUUGGGCAGCCCUUGAUCAAAUAAUUGAUCAAAGCAAGAAUCAUGAAUGGAUGAGACCAAAGAUGAUGGUUGAUGGUGAACUUUACAAUGGAGGAAUCAAGCCGUGACCACCUAACCCCACUGAGGAAUCUUACCAUCACUAAAAGGGGUAUAACCCCUCUACUGUGUACCUCCUGGGGUGAUGCGAUAUGAAGCACUCAGCACCACCCAUGAAAGACUCUUGCCAAACAAAGGAACAAACACACACACAAAACUGAACAUGAUUCUAAUCAAACCUCUAAAACCAACCUCCAUUUAACAGGAAAUAUCAGGGAUGGAGGAACAAUUUAAAUGACACAACGAGGAAGUAAGAAGACACAUCCAGAGAGUGGGAACUUUUCAAGGAAAUGUGGCUCAAUUUCUUCAACUAGUCAAUGGCUAGGGGGGAAAAUUGAGAGAGGACAUAAAAGGACUACUAUUAUAUGGGGCAUGUGGACUCUUUUGGUUCCUAAUUGGAUAACCCAAUUGUAAAAAGACAGUUUCAGACAGUUGGAGCCUCUUACUUACGGACUGGAGAAUGCCAAGGAGUCAGUAUUGAUUUUGUUAGACAUAAAAUGGCUUUGGGGUUUUGUAAGAAAAGGGCCUUAUUUCCUAGGGGUGCAUAUUGAAGUAUGGAGUGAAGUGACAUACUUACUUUUAAAUAUUUGGGCAGAUAAAAAAGGACGGAAUUAAAGGAAUAGAAGCAACGAAGUGACAGAAUUAUAUUAUUGAAUUAACUAUGUAGGGGUUCAUAGAACUCUGCUCUCUACCUGUGUGUAUGUUUAAACAUUUUCAUAAUAAAAGUUUUAAAUGUU